AUCUCUGUCAUAAAUCGCGAGGGCAUAUGAGAUCCACGCGAGCACAAGUCAAGCAGCCGCGGACGUAUAUUAUUUUCGCGAGCACUAAAACGGCACUCGCGCGAGAGCAAUAUUGAAGCCUGCAGGGGAGAAACAUGCCUUGAGCAUGUGCAGCAUCUACAUGAGCUCUCCUUGGUCUCCUGCGCUCUCGCGAGCAAUUCCUGCUCUUCUGCUCGUGAAACUCUGGCCUGCUCUCACUCGCGGAGAAAUUUUAGGAAGUGGGCGUACCGUGUCCCAGUAACGCCAAAUCUAAUUGGUUACACCCCUCCUCUUUUAUGAUUGGCCGUUUUCAAAUGACGAGAGAUAUCGGAGCGGGAAAGCCCCGCAGAAGAAGAAUGGCUGACGACAAGGAGAUAGAGUUACAAAAUGCUACCAGGCGUGUUGUUGACUUGCUGAGAAGUGCCUUGGCUGAACCAACUUCUCAAAAUCGGCUUUCCCCGGCCUAUUCAAAUCCGGUAAAAGCUAUACCCCAUCUCCCAAAAGAAGGGCUCUUAGGUCAACCCCAAUCCAGUUCUUUCUGCUCAAUCAGUGCACAGAAAGAACACCAAAGUCAUCGGAUGAAAUGGUCCUUCUCCAGGCUGGACUUGGCAGGAGGACUCUCAAUAUCCCCGAAAAUGCUGACCACUCCCAGAUAUCAUAUAUACUUAUGCAAUCAUAUUCCAAAAUGGUACCAUUGGAAGGGGCCUGGAUGCUACAUAAAGCUGCUGGAGGAUCAGGCCAGCGGAAAUUAAGUGUUUUGGCACCUGAGGCAGAGGGUUACACGGGGGCCUACCUUGCUAAAGCUUUAGGUGGAAAAGGCUGUCUCUAUAUAAUGCCCAUCCAGGACACUUUAGACACCUCCCCCUUGCCCUACUCAUCAGAGGAGUUCGAAAAUAUGCCAAAAGCCAGAUGUGCCACAUGUCAUCUAAGCAUGCCUGUCCAGCUGUUGGCUUUACACGCACAAGAGUGUGAACCAAGCAGCUGUUCUGACCGCAUGGAUCUGGAACCGGAUCUGGACCCAGAUUUAGAUGAGUCUCCAGCUACAAGCAAUCCUGGGAAUGCUUCUCCAAGUGUGCUCCCGUGUAGGACCUCCUGUUCUAAAAUCGAUAUUAAGGUGGCCUGUCCAUUGUGCUCAGAGUUAUUUCCUGAGUAUUUUGUUGAAAUACAUGCCAGCACUUGUAGAGAAAGUACAUUGCAGUCGACACAAAUUAUCGAUUUGGAAGAACAUGCCAGUGAAGAACUGACAGGGCGAGUGAAAAGUCUUGCUGAAGCCAUCGAAACACUUAGUGGACGAGUGGACACAACGACACUCUUUAAUGUUAGUGUCACUAGGGAGGAAAUCUUUGAAAGGGGUUUAGGGCAGUGGAGACGUCAGAAGAGGUCUUCUCCCAAAAAACCCCUCCGAGUGUCUUUCAUUGGAGAGUCUGGAAUUGACCAUGGGGCUCUCAGGAAAGAAUUCUUAACAGAAAUGAUGGCAGGUGUUGAAAGGAAGUUUUUUCAGGGAGGGAGUACAGGGAAAACCCCCAAGUACUCAAUUACUGACUACCACAAAGAGCAUUUCAAGACAGCUGGAGAGAUUAUGGCAGUCAGUAUAGUACAAGGUGGUCCUCCACCUAACUUUUUCAGAGAGUGGUGCUAUGGAUACAUAUCCACUGGGGAGAUGGAUAGAGAUUCCAUUUCCAAGGAAGAUGUGACUGAUCCAGAGCUCAGCCAGCUUAUGGAAGAGGUUGAGAUGGCUGAACCUGAAGCUAUGUACGACCUUCUGGAUCGGAUAACAGCAUGCGGGUACAGUGGUCCUGCAACGUGGGAGAGGAAGGAAGAAAUAAUAAAGGCAAUUAUCUUGCACUCAUCGGUCCGCAUCCUACCAAUGCUGCAGCAGAUAUGCUCAGGCAUGAAGCUGUAUGGCUUGUGCGGGAUGAUUGUACAACAACCACACAACUUCAGGGAUCUGUUCGUCCCUGGCCUUCAUGAAAAGCCGGAUGCUGAAUUCCUGAUGGGAGCCAUAUCUCCAGUCUUCAGUGAGCUGGGCUCGCUGCGACGCCAGAGGGAAUCGAGGAUUGUAAACUUUUUGCAAGACUUCAUCCAAAACAUUGAAGAUGAAGAGGAAGAAAAGAGCUUCGUGGUUGAAGAGAGGGGGACCCCUGUGAAGAUAACAACAGAGAGUGAUCUUGAUGAUGGAGACUCAAGAGAGACAGAGUCUACAGUUGAACCGGCGAGAGAUGAAGAGGAGAUGAAGGAAAAACACAAGAUCACUGUUGGCUGCUUCCUUCAAUGGCUUACGGGGCAGGCACAUGUCCCCAUCACCUCAACAGAGAGAGAGAGAUUUAAAAUCCUAAUUGAAUUCGACCACGAUUGCAGCGUGCGCUAUGGUACACACACUGUAUGCUUUCCAGUAGUUAAUGCAUGCUCCAACUCUAUUACCUUUCCGACAAGGCACCUCGGCUCAUAUCCGGAGUUCCUGAGCAUUAUAACACAGGCUGUUAUAAGUAGCAGGGAGUUUAGUCGUUCAUAAGAUUCAUAGAAUCGAUGUUUUCUGUUAAAACAGUCUUUAUUGCACUUUAUUUGACAAGGUUUUCAUUUGUUCAAGAUGAGAAUGUUACUAUACAGUCAAACUUUCAAGUGACAUCACAUACUGUUCCAGUCAAAAUGUUUUUGAAACAAAUGGUGAAGUUGGGGAACCAUUAUACUUUUGAGCUGUAUUUUGUGUCGAUUGUUGUUUCAAUUGUCACCAGUUGUGCCAAGUAACUUUACUCUUGGUACUUUUACUUAAGUAACACUUUGAACACAGGACUUUUACUUGGAACAGAGUAUUGUUACAUUUAGGUAUUUCUACUUUUAGUUAAGUACUUCUUCCACCUCUUAUAGUCACUGUAAUACACAUAUAAUACACCUUACUAACUUAAACUGUUUCCCCAUUAUAUUCCUACUAUGAGGCUUAAGGCUAGGUUUACCCUCAUCUGUGUCAUUCAAGGGAGCUGUAUUUCUUAAGAGCCACAUCUUUCAGCUACAUACUCACGGCAGAGUAAGUACAGUUCCUUGACCGGAGUGUUUGGGUCAAUUUGCUGAAAUACUGAUUGAAGUUCAGUUAUGUCUUCUGGACUCAAAGGGCAGUCGAAUUCGGGGACGACAAUCCCUGCAUCCUCUUCUCCAUCGUGGUCAGCAGCAAUUUCCCAGUCAACAUCUGGCUCCUAAUAACCAUAACAGAGGUUUUGAACACUUGGGUGAAAUAAAUGUAUGUCUUAUAAACAAAGUGGAACAAUGACAUCAA